GUCUUCCUCCACAGACCUCAUAUAAAAUGACGGCAACAUUGCGACCCUACCUGAAUGCUGUGCGCGCCACUCUUCAAGCAGCCCUGUGUCUGGAGAACUUCUCCUCUCAGGUGGUUGAGCGACACAACAAGCCUGAGGUUGAGGUUAGAAGCAGCAAAGAGCUCCUGUUGCAGCCAGUGGUCAUAAGCCGAAAUGACAAGGAGAAGGUCCUGAUCGAGGGCUCUAUAAACUCAGUCAGAGUUAGCAUUGCUGUCAAGCAGGCUGACGAGAUCGAGAAGAUCCUGUGCCAUAAAUUUAUGAGAUUUAUGAUGAUGCGAGCGGAGAACUUCUUCAUCUUGAGGAGGAAACCUGUCGAGGGGUAUGACAUCAGCUUCCUCAUUACUAACUUCCACACAGAGCAGAUGUAUAAACACAAGCUGGUGGACUUUGUUAUCCAUUUCAUGGAGGAGAUCGAUAAGGAGAUCAGUGAGAUGAAGCUGUCGGUCAACGCUCGCGCCCGAAUUGUUGCAGAGGAAUUCCUCAAGAAUUUCUGAGGACCCUUGUCUACAUUCCUAAUACCCAUCAGAGAUUGGUGUUGCUUCGGUUCUUGUGGACAAAAACAUUCAAAGUUUUUUAAAGUCUCCACAGAGCAAAGGGGAAAGAGUUUAUUAUUUAGCAAUCAAGCAAGAAGAUCUACAGGAACAAGCGGCCAGUCCUGCAGCACUAUACACAGUCCCCUUUGCCUCCUGUUCAAGGUGCUCCUUGUGCCCAUGGAUAUUAUACAUUUAGUCAAGAAUUUAUUACUCUCAUUUUCUGUUGUUAGGGGGAAAAAAGAAAACACAGUCAAGGCAGGUCCUUAAUAGUAUUACCUGUAAUUAAUAUUGAUGGGCACAGGAAUCUUGUUAUUGGACUGUAUUUGUUUUCUGUUGUCUUUUAUAUACAUGUACUCAUGUGCUUAAUUUUGUUAUAACAGGGAAAAAAUAAUCAAGUCAAUGUAAAAGAGAUCAUGAGAGAAAAAGAAGAAAAUGUGUUUAUAUUUUGGCACUGCUCACUCCAAUAUGAUGAUAACUAUAGAAAAAAAAGCUGCAUAAAACAUAUUAACAAUAAAUUCAAUAAAAAUAUAUUGUGCUU